AUGUCUUCCAAGUGGGGAAAGUCGACAACAUCCGACGACAUCCGUCGUAGGUUCAGUGUGAUUAAUUACGCUUCCAGAAGUAGCGGCGGUAGCGGAGGAGGUUACAGCGGCAAUGACGACACGAGUGACGAUAACGUGGAGUUCUUCGAGGUCGUCCGGCCAAUCACAAGGCCUCGAGGGGUGAAACCGUGCGUCGUUACGCUGCUUCGCAACCAAUCGUUCGACGACACCGUUGGCGAACCACCCGUUGCGAAAAACUAUUCCAUCCCUGCUUCGUGCGGCUCCGCGUGGUCGCUGGUGCUGCUGAGCGUGCGCGUGAACGUAAGCGGGGUGCAGUUCGACCGCGUGCUAUCCGUGUUCCUCGGCAACUUCGAAGUCUCCAGAUCCAUUACGGUGGAGCCUUUGGGCGUGUCGGCAUCCUAUUCAUUUGAAGAAGACAUCACGACGUACGCAUCCGCGCUUGCAAAGGAAAAGCAGGCAUUCGUUUCCGUCCUCAACAACGUUGUCAAUGACACACUAACGGGUGUUUUCUACGUCAGCAUUGAUCUCGUCUUCUUCAAGACUUCUCGAAUCAACCGAGCCAUAGUUCCAGACGUCGUUCUCCCCUUCGCCACUCAACCACCCGGGAAAUCCUACCCGCUUCUGUGA